GCAGCCGCCAGGCAGCGCCUUGCUGCUGCUGCAUCAAGAGAUGCCAGUCAAUCCGGGAAAGGAGCCUUUGGAGUCCGCUUGCUUGCCUGCUACAAUAAAGAAGCUUAUUUAUUGAAGAUAGAACGGGUCACAGACAAAGCUUUGCAGAAAACCCAACCAAACCAAACAAACGACGCAUCGGAUUUCUAGCGACUUUGAAAUCUUCUGCCUAGGACCGGAGAUGGGAGAGCCCAAAGGACUUUGAGCGCUGCUCCAGAUCUUCCAUUUCGGGCGUGGCUCUAACCUUUUCUGUUUGUUUGCUUGUUUGUCUGUUUUCUUGGGCAGCCCCCCCCCCGCUUUCUUCUCUUUCCUUUUCAAAGUAGCCUUUCAUUUGGUCACUUUACCCUGUCCACCCUUGCAUCCCCACCCUCUCCUCUGCCCAGGCCGGUGAGGUCAGCUCAUGAAUAUCAGUGCACUUCCCGAGGAGCGUCUGGCACUGCUUGGUACCUCCUUUCUUCAUCAGCCCAAGCGCAGCUUCAAGCCUAGUCACCGACUACUGAGAAGUCACCUGCUCCCUAGAAGUCCAGUCUGCCCCUUAACGCCAUUGUUUGGAGACGACCAGUGGGUGAACAACUUUGACAAAGUCUAGUCACUAAGCCAGAAAGUCUCAUCGUACCACCAAGUUAGAACUUUCCUCGGUUCAGAAAGACUACUAUCAUAAACCCGGAGAAGCCCAAAAGAUCAAGAGGAUUGAUUUCCAUCACUUCAAAAACUACGCCUCGGCUGAGAACUCACCAAAGAAGCGCGGGAUAGCAUGCAGAAGGGAAGAAAGAGAAUGAGGAUCUGAGGUGGGUCCCUCCUUUUAAAGCGCAUCCGGGGGAACCCCACCUAGACCGUCUAGCGCGAUGAGUCAGCCACCGGCUGGGGGCGCUGCCCCGACUGCAGCCACCACCGUGGCUCCGGAGGCGCGAUCACACCCGGAGGGCAGCAGCAGAAAGCAGCCGCGUGCUCAGUCGCCCGCUCGACCCAGGGACAAUUCGCUUCGUCAGGGCACGGCGGCCGCGCGUUCCCCGUUAGGCACCAGCACGAAGCUGAAUUCUGCUCGGCAGCAGCAGCUUCAGCAGCAGCCGGGCAACAAAUCCGGGAGCCGCGCGACCCCCGGGGCCAGCGCUCGCGGUGGCGGGGCCGAGAAGGCGUCGCCGGCCGCGCCUAAAGGGGCCGCGUCGGGCGCUGUCCACGCCGCAGGUGGUGCUGAAACUGCCCCCACGGCCACCCAGGUUCCAGGGGGCGGCCGGAACCCCGGUGCCGCCCAGGAGCAGCCCCGAGAGCUCGAGCCCGCGUCCUCCUCGAAACUCGGGGAUCCCCCUCCGCUCGGGGAAGGAGGAGGAGGGGUGGGAGAAGAGGGAGGAGCCAGCAGCGGCUCCGGGGAAAAGGAGGGGGGCGCUCCGCAGCCUCAGCAGCAUCAGCAUCAGCCGCCGCCGCCCAGGGGCUGGCGAGGGAAAGGCGGCCGCGCGCAGCCCAGGAGCGGCGGCGCAGGGGAAGGGGCUGCCCCGGUGCCAUCCUCGGCCGCGGCGGCCAAGAUCCCCCCAAGCUCCGCCAGCAGAAAUUCCGGCAGCGGUGUGGUGGGGGGCGGCAGCUACUGGAAAGAAGGAUGUCUGCAGUCUGAGCUCAUCCAGUUUCAUCUCAAGAAAGAGCGGGCGGCGGCGGCGGCGGCCGCGGCACAGAUGCACACGAAGAACGGUGGUGGUGGCGGCGGCGGCGGCGGCAGCAGCCCCCGCAGCUCCCCGAUCGCAGGUGCCCCGGCCAUCUGCGAACCCCUGGCCAUCCCUUCUUCUGCCCCUCCAAUGGCGGCGGCGGCGGCCGAGGGCCCCCAGCAGGGUGCAGAGGGCAGCGCGAGCGGAGGGGGAAUGCAAGCAGCGGGUCCCCCGGCGGCGCGGCCCACCCCGCAGCAGCAGCUCCAAGAGCAAGAAGAAAUGCAAGAGGAGAUGGAGAAGCUGAGAGAGGAAAACGAGACACUCAAGAACGAGAUCGAUGAGUUGAGGACCGAGAUGGAUGAAAUGCGGGAUACUUUCUUCGAGGAGGAUGCCUGUCAACUGCAGGAAAUGCGCCACGAAUUGGAGAGAGCCAACAAAAACUGCCGGAUUCUGCAGUACCGCCUCCGCAAAGCCGAACGCAAAAGGCUCCGUUACGCACAGACAGGGGAAAUCGACGGAGAGCUAUUGCGCAGCCUGGAGCAGGACCUCAAGGUUGCCAAGGAUGUAUCUGUGAGACUUCACCAUGAACUGGAAAAUGUGGAAGAAAAGAGAACAACAACAGAAGAUGAAAAUGAGAAAUUGAGGCAGCAGCUUAUAGAGGUUGAAAUUGCAAAGCAAGCUUUACAGAACGAGCUGGAAAAAAUGAAGGAGCUCUCCCUGAAAAGAAGAGGAAGCAAAGAUUUACCAAAAACAGAAAAAAAGGCCCAACAGACUCCCACAGAGGAGGACAACGAAGAUUUGAAAUGCCAGCUGCAGUUUGUGAAAGAGGAAGCCGCUCUGAUGAGAAAGAAAAUGGCCAAGAUCGACAAAGAAAAGGACCGAUUCGAGCACGAGCUCCAGAAAUACAGAUCUUUUUACGGGGAUCUGGACAGCCCUUUGCCCAAAGGAGAGGCCGGGGGUCCCCCCAGCACCCGGGAGGCCGAGCUCAAGCUAAGACUGAGGCUGGUGGAGGAAGAGGCCAACAUCCUGGGCAGGAAAAUCGUCGAACUGGAGGUAGAAAACCGAGGUCUGAAGGCAGAGCUGGAUGACCUGAGAGGCGACGACUUCAACGGCUCGGCCAACCCGCUCAUUCGCGAGCAGAGCGAGUCGCUGUCGGAGCUGCGGCAGCACCUGCAGCUGGUGGAAGACGAGACGGAGCUGCUGCGGCGCAACGUGGCCGACCUGGAGGAGCAGAACCAGCGCAUCACGGCCGAGCUCAACAAGUACAAGUACAAGUCGGGCAGCAGCAGCAGCAGCCACGACAGCUCGCGGCAUCACGACCACGCCAAGACCGAAGCCCUGCAGGAGGAGCUCAAGGCCGCGCGGCUGCAGAUCAACGAGCUGAGCGGCAAGGUGAUGCAGCUGCAGUACGAGAACCGCGUGCUCAUGUCCAACAUGCAGCGCUACGACCUGGCCUCGCACCUGGGCAUCCGCGGCAGCCCCCGCGACAGCGACGCCGAGAGCGACGCGGGCAAGAAGGAGAGCGACGACGACGCGCGGCCGCCGCACCGCAAGCGCGAGGGGCCCAUCGGCGGCGAGAGCGACUCGGAGGAGGUGCGCAACAUCCGCUGCCUCACGCCCACGCGCGCCUUCUACCCCGCGCCGCCGCCGCCCCCGCCGCCCGCCGCCUGGCCCAAGAGCUUCUCGGACCGGCAGCAGAUGAAGGACAUCCGCUCCGAGGCCGAGCGCCUGGGCAAGACCAUCGACCGGCUCAUCGCCGACACCAGCACCAUCAUCACCGAGGCGCGCAUCUACGUGGCCAACGGGGACCUGUUCGGACUCCUGGACGAGGACGACGACGGCGGCAGCCGCAUCCGCGAGCACGAGCUCCUCUACCGCAUCAACGCGCAGAUGAAGGCCUUCCGCAAGGAGCUGCAGACUUUCAUCGACCGCCUCGAGGUGCCCAAGUCCGCCGAGGACCGCGGGGCCGCCGCCGCCGAGGAACCCAUAUCCGUGAGUCAGAUGUUCCAGCCUAUCAUUUUACUUAUUCUCAUUCUUGUAUUAUUUUCAUCACUUUCCUACACAACAAUAUUUAAACUUGUCUUCCUUUUUACUCUGUUUUUUGUACUGUAAAUCUUUCAUCAUUUACCAUUCAUUGUAGCAUUUUCAGUUUGUUUAUUUUGUUCACCCAUCAAGACAAGAAGUAAACGAAGUAUAAUUUCUGUAGUAACCAAUGCUAUAAAAACACUGAAGACUGAUUAUUUCUUUAAAAAGAUACAUCUUGCCACUACUAA